UAUGCAUUGGAUUUUGGGGUAACUUUAAUUGGCGAAAAGACCAAGAACAUUGUUAAAUGUGUACCUAGAAACAAUCAAAAGAACUUUUGACCUCUAAAUUCUAGGCUUAUGUCUUCCAAAUCCAAAGAAUAGAACCAUCCAUCUAAUUUUUAUUUUUCUCUCUCUAUAAUAUUAUCUCCCGUAAUCUACGCAAUUUUAAGGUGAAAAGCAGCAAUUUUUUUUUUUACAAUUUUUUUCUUAAGGUCUUUGGUCAGGAAGGGCAUCAACUCAUUCAGGGUUUCCUGAAGAGAUAAGGUGCCCAAUUGCAAAUUCCGUAGUUCCUAUUCUAACAAGACUUGGAGGAUUGCCAAUGAAAGGUUUUUGAGUUACGAUAUUUGAUUGAAGAGAGCAUCAUGGGUGCACUUUGUUGCUGCUUGCGAGAUGAAUGCGAAGAUUUUGCCAAUCCAAACAGCUCAAUAUAUAGGAACUGCAUAUGCCUUCGAUCUUUUGUUCAAAACUUCUUGCACAUGUGUACAUCUUUGUUUCAUAGAGGAGAACAAUAUGCCAUUACUUCAUCCCCUCGAGGUACAACAUCUUUGAGUUCUACAGCAUCCCUUGAUAACUCACUAUCUGAUAUGUACCGCUCUCCUCCGAGACCACUUCCUUACGAUGCUGAUCCCAGAUACUUCCGCUUGCAACGAGAUGGACUAGUCUCAAGAAGGGAGAAAGGCUCAAGUCACUCGCAUGAGGAAACUGAACCACUACGAAGAAGUGAUAUUGAUGAUGAUGAUUCCGAAUCUCUGAGUAUGGGUAAUAAAUGGAAGGAGAAGUCUGUGUGUGAAGAAGGAUCAAAAGAAUACAAUUCCAAAUCAUUGAAACUCCCAACAGCUAAAACAACUACUGAAUUUACUCAAAUUUGUUAUUCUUCAGAAGAUGAAGAUGUCUGCCCGACAUGUCUUGAAGAAUAUACAGAAGAAAACCCAAAAAUAAUGACAAAAUGCUCCCACCAUUUCCACUUGGGUUGCAUAUAUGAGUGGAUGGAGAGAAGUGACAACUGUCCAGUAUGCGGCAAGGUGAUGGUAUUCGAUGAGUCACCAUGAUCUUUGCUCUCAAAAAGCUCCAGUCUUGAAUGAAACCGGCAGGAGAUAAGGGCAAUAACUAAUAAACCAGAAAAGCUAAUGUAAAGUCAUUGUGAAUAUCCGUCCAGCUAAAUGUGUGACCAUAUAUCAGUAAAAAUGAAAUUAUUGUUCAAUGUAACUCUUGUUUGGAACUUUCGAGUUCAUAUUGAUCAUUGAUGCAACAGAAAGCAGUUUCAAACCACUUCAUGUAAUCUUGUUCUGAUUUGAUGAAUGGCUUGUAUAGCAUAUUGGUCUUACUUUCAAAUUUGCCAUAUGAAUGUUGGCACAUUUA